CAAAUACAAGUGAUAAAUUCGAACAAACAUCAAAUAAUUCUCAUCCAUCAAUGGAGAAUUUCCCCCCUCAAUCACCCUCCUUGAAGAAUAACGAAUUUCUUCAUGUUGCAUCUGUCUCCAACACCAUUGGCAACAAGAUGUUGUACGCUGAGUGUCUUGUUAUUGAACUGAGCAACCCCGAUCUACGAGAAAAUGCUCUUCAUUUGCUCUCCAAGAUGACAGAUUUGUUUCGAGAUCUCGCACCGUUGUUGUGGAAUUCAAUUGGUACUAUUGCAAUAUUUUUACAGGAAAUAAUUACAAUAUAUCCUGCUCUUUCACCGGAAAAUCUUACUCCUUCACAAUCAACUCGAAUAUGCAAUACUCUUGCUCUGCUUCAGUGUGUGGCUUCCCACCCAGAUACAAAGUUGUCAUUCAUGAAAGCUAACAUACCUAUAUAUUUGUAUCCCUUCCUUAAUACAUCAAAUAAGUUAGCACCAUUUGAAGAUUUAAGACUUGCCAGUCUUGGAGUCAUUGCUGCCAUGGUAAAGGUUAAGACUAAGGAAGCGAUAGGUUUCCUUCUCGCGACUGAAGUAAUGCCGUUGUGCCUACGCAAUAUGGAAAUUGGCAAAGAAUUGUCCAAAACCGUUGCAACAUUUAUUGUUGAGAAAAUUCUGUCAGAUGACGAUGGUUUGGCAUAUAUUUGUGGUACACCAGAUCGUUUUUUUGCAGUUGGUCGAGCUUUGGACAGGAUGUUGGCAAGUGUUGACAAUCAACCUUCACCUCGUCUUUUGAAGCUUAUGAUUCCGUGUUAUACAAGUCUAACAAAAAAUGUAGGGUUCUUUAAGCCGAACCCAACUCCACCAUCUUAAGUGCUUCCUCCAUUCAUGCCCUUUCCCUUCUUUAUAAACUUUGAAUAAAAUCUUUCAGACAUGUUAAAGCAUGUGACUUUCACUGGUUACCUUAAAAUAAGUACUUGUUGUGAAAUGAUUAUUUGCAAAUUUGAUUCAGGAUCUGUUUGAUACACAUGAUUGGUUUUGUGAUUUGAA